AUGACUUACUUUCAAAGCAAACUUUAAAUGGCCUUGACCAUCAAUCUGAUCUCAAUAAUCCUCUUUUCAAAUGAGUCUUCGUAGUAUCCUUAAAAGUAAAAUGGGAUGAGGGAUGAGAUGAUAGCUCAAGUUGGAUUUAACAUAAAUUCUGACUCUUCACCUUUGUAAUAUAUCUAAAAUCUAGAAGAAUAAAAAGGUGGAAGAUCAGACAUAGCAUUAGAUCCAUUCUUUAAAUAUGCUGCAGCAGUUCAAACUGGUCUGUCGCUAAAAUACACUUCCUCUGCAGUUUGUUUCUAAAGUGCUUAUAGCUUGCUAAACGAUGCUUUUUAUCUUCAUCAGAACAUUACAGGCUAUAAUAAUAAUGCUGGUACUAGAAUAACCAAUGGUAAUAGGCAAUAUUCAAUGAUAGCUUUCAAUGUUUCCAAUAUUAUUGCAAAAAACUUUGCUAACACUUAUUCUAAUUGCUAUACCACUUUAUCAAGUGCAUAGUCUCAGACUGACGUUUGGCUGGAUCAAUUUGUUGAUUUCACAGAUGUUUACACAUCUUUCUUGUUUAACUUACUCUCAAAAUCAUUGAAAAUUAGAUCACUUUCCAUAAACAUCUAAACUUCUUAAACAAAUAAGGACUGGGUCACUUUCUCAAAAUCACUUGCUUAACUAACUAAUGUUAUCUUUGAUUUCCAAUCUUCAUAUGCGGAAAGUUUAGAUGGAAUAAGUUUCGAUGAUGUUUUAAGAACACUCAAAUUUACUAACAACAAAGUAGACUUUCAUAUUGACUUAGAAAAUGAGGCUUAGGUCUAGUCAAUCAAAAAAUUAAUAUCCUACUCUGCUUAAUUCUUGGGAGAUGUCAUACCAGGAUUCAGAAAACCAUUUAAAGAAGAUUAGAUUGGAGUUGAGGAGGUUACUCUCCAAGAAUAUCAAAAUUCAACUCGAGGGAAGAAGUUACUAUCAUAAAAAAUGAGGUUCGAUAUUAAUAUGUUCAGAGAUACAUAUGAAACAGUCAAAUAAGGAAGAAAUAUUGUCAAAGUUGAUUAGUCUUUUAAAUUUAGAGACGUUUCAUAUAUAUUUUUCGGAAUAAUUGAAGGUGCCACUAGUGCAGUACCAGCAUCAUUAUUUAACUUUUAGUGUGGUAAAAACGUCACAUAAUCUAGACUAUAUUUUGAGGCUUCAGUCCUUGAUUUCUCUUAAGGUAAAAGAGAUAGUGGAGUAGCAAACAUUAACAAGAUCUUAAAGAAUGCUGAUGAUAUCACUAUAAACUGUGUAUUAGGUUUUUAGGCUACUGCUAAUACCAAUAUCGCUAGUAUUUUUACAUCUGAUCAAAUCCUAAUGAACCUUUUGUAUAAUGCUGGUUUUAUGUUUACUGAUGUGUUGGAUAUUUUGAAAUACGAUACAUCAGACACUAAUCCAUAUUGGUAUUAUAUUUUCUACAGAGUUGGAGAUUUCUUAAUAAGAUUCAUCUAUAGAGAUGCCUGA